GCAUCAUCAAGCUGCGGAGGAGUCCGCCUCCCAGGCUGCGAGGACCUCAGUACGUCCUCAACAUCACCGCCACGGACGACAACGCGUCCGGCGGCCCGUACCCACUCAGCAGCUCCACCCAGGUCAUCGUGGGAAUCAACGACAUCAACAACAACAAGCCGGUCUUCCAGGAGUGUCAGAACUACAGCCUGAACGCCGCCGUCCUGGAGAACCAACCGCCCGGGACGUUUGUGCUGCACGUCCAGGCCCACGACGCCGACAUGGGGGUCAACGGAGAGGUCAAAUACGGCAUCAUGCACAGAGACGGAGUGUCGUCAGGUUUUGACAUUGAUCCCGACACAGGUGUUAUCACCACGGCGAUGAGUUUCGACAGAGAGCGUCAGAGGGAGUUCACGCUGUCGGUGACGGCCACAGAUCAGGCCGAGGAGCCGCUGAUCGGGAUCUGUCCGAUCACCGUGCUCGUCUCCGACCAGAACGACAACGACCCCAAAUUCGAAAACAGCCGUUACCAGU